AUGUGGCAUGCUGGCCUUCUAGCUCCAAGCAGAGGUGCAUGCAGCAAAAAGCAGAUUGAUUUGUUUCUGCAUCUGCUUCUUACCUUCAGCUGCUCCACCGCUGCCUGGCGCGGCCGAGGCUCAAGCACGACACGCGACAUGUCAGAAAAGGAGGAAGGAGGCCUCGGCAGCCUUGAGGAGGUCUUGGACUGGAAGGAGCGGGGCAAUGCCAGGCUAAAGGCUGCCGACAACGACGCUGCCCUCGAGUGCUACUCACGUGGCAUUGAUAUCGGCGUGAAAGCCAUCUCGAGCUUUCAAGGUCUUGCUCAGGAUUUUGACCCUUUGAAGAAAGCAGUGAGCCAACUUUUAUCAAACAGGGGCCACAUCCGCUUGGCCCAGCAAUUGCCCAAAUUGGCCCUUCAAGACUGCCGCCGGGCUGCUGAGGUGGACUUUGAAAAUCCAAAGGCAUACUGGCGUGGCGUCACUGCAGCGCUGCAGCUCGAGGAAGAGCAAGAGAGGCGCGACGCGGCAGAAUUGCUUCGGCAAGGAUUGCGCCUGGCUUGGGGUACUGGAGGUUCCGCACUUUCAAAGCUCCUGGGUGAGAAUCUCCACUUGUGGCGGGAGUGGGCAGAUGCUGGACACGUGCCCUCGAUGUACCUUCUCGCCCUGGCUCUAUUCAAAGGGAACCAGGUUAAGCAAGACAAAGCCAAGGCCUUUGACUUAUUCCAACAGGCAGCCGGCAGAGGCGAUAGCGCAUCUGCCGCGAUGGUAGAGCACCUGCAGGCAGAGGUCUGUCUACCUCCAGAGCUAGAGGUUUGGGCAAGGGCUGCUGCGGCAGGAGAUACUGCUGCCCAAUUCAAUCUGGGCUUAGCCUAUUAUCGUGGCGACAGGGUUCCACAGAAUCUCGCGAAGUGCGCUGAACUGUGGGCCCAGGCGGCUGAGCAAGGCGACGAAAUGGCCCAGGCGAAUCUGGAUCAGCUGCAGCGGCUGAUGUCGGAGCAAGGUGUGCAAAAAGCUCGAGGAAUGCGAGAUUCUGCCGGUGUUGCACAGGUGAGCUACAUAUACACUCUCGUCAAUGUCUCUCAGUGGGAGAACGUGCUGAAGGCCUGCGAGAAGCAUGCGGCUUUGGAGGACUUCACCCUUGAGCAUGCCUAUGCUCUGUAUCGCCUGAACCGGUUCCAGCAGGCUUUGCAAGUCUUGGACUCCAGGAAAGCAGCAGACAAGGACGCCGCUGCAAGCAGGCUGCGUUUGCAAGCGCAGAUUCAGUACCGACUGUCAGACUACGGCGCCUGCGCAGAUGUUUACGAGAAGCUUCACCAGGAGGAUGCUGAGGACCACGGCCUGAUUGUGAAUGCGGUGGCCUCCUAUGUGUCGGGCGACAGACCACGGCAGGCCAUGAACCUGAUUGCCAGGAACAAGGAAGCACUUGAGUCGUCUUACGAGCUGUGCUUCAAUGCUGCCUGCGCGCUCAUCGAUGAGGGUCGGCUGAAAGAGGCUGAGGACAAAUUGACUCAGGCCAAAGAGCUCUGCACCGAAGAGCUCAUGCAGGCUGAGGAGAUCGGAGAGGAAGAUGCAGCGCUGCUAGAGGAUCAUGAGGAGCUUGCAGCAAUCCGAGUGCAGCAGGCGUGUGUGAUGCAGCGUCGGGGCCUGGAAGAGGAGGCCAAAGAAGUGUAUGACAAAGUUCUGCGACAAAAACCAAAUCAAGGCCACGAGGUAGAUGUGACGGUGCUCGCCGUUGCAUGCAACAAUGUAGUUGCCCUUCGUUCUGAGGGCAAGUCCCUUUUCGACAGCCUAAAGCGCAUCAACGUGGCUUCGAAGGAAGGAUUGGAGCACAAGCAGACUCGCAGACAAACCGUCGAGAUUGCAUGCAACAAGGUGUUGUUGCUGCUCCAGGCGCAAAAGAUAGAUGUUGCCAAGAAGGAGCUUGAUAAGCUGUGUGAAAGCUACCCUGACCACCCCCGGGUAGCUCUGGUACAGGCUGCGAUUGCUCACAGAGAGAAGAAGGGGAAAGUUUGCGAGGAGAUCCUGCAAGGCUACAUUGCAUCGCAUGCAGAUGACCAGGUCGUUGCGCAUGCAGGGUAUGACGCGUUGGGAUGGACUUGUGCUGAACCGGUUACCGUGACCAUGACGCGUGUGCUGCCAGAUCUGGACAGACUCUUGGCCGGGCUCGUGCACCCGAACUUCCUGAGACGGCCUGGGAAGUUGCUGGAGACUGAUCUCUACAUCUUGUGCUGCCACUGCAAAGAAGUCUUUCUGUCGGAGCCAAUGCUGCUGAAACUCGAGCCGCCACUGUGUGUUGUUGGAAGUAUGCAUGGCCAUUUCGAUCAGCUGGUAAAGCUGCUUGAGAGAUGCGGAAGCCUUCCUGACACGUGCUAUUUGUUUCUAGGCGGUUAUGUAGACAAGGGUCCACCACGGAGCAUCGACACGAUGGCAUUGCUUUUCGUGUACAAGGCUCAAUUUCCGGAGAAUCUAUUCUUGCUACGGGGCCGAGACGAGGAUGCAUCCACGAGCCGGAUUUAUGGCUUCUACGACGAGUGCCAGCGACGAUUCAGCAUUAAGCUUUGGAAAGCCUUCGUGGAUGUGUUUAACUGCAUGCCGGUGUGUGCUGUGAUUCGCGAGAAGAUCUUCUGUGUCAGCAGCGGCCUUUCGCCGCAUCUCACCAAUUUCGAUCGAAUCCAAGAGUUGGAACGGCCAGGCUUUGUUCCUGAGGAAGGCCUUCUUUGUGACUUGCUUUUUGCUCGGCCAGAGACUGGGAGCGGCUGGGAACUCGAGGGUCCCGGUCAGGACAUUGCGCAUACGUUUGGUGAAGAUGUGGUGCAGAGUUUCGCUGCAGAGCUGGGGCUGGACCUGAUUGUUCGGAGCAACCAACCUGUUGGCGAUGGCUACGCAAUCUUUGCAGACAAGCUUUUGACUCUCUGGAGCAUUGCAGAUUGGGACUGGGAUGAUACGGAUGACCAGCGGUAUCACCUGGCUGCAGUCAUGAAAGUUGCUGACAACCUGGACAUCACACUCGAGGAUCUGUUU